AUGAUGCAUAUGACCUUCUACUGGGGCAAAAAGGUUACAAUUUUGUUUGAUUCAUGGAAAACCGAUUCGUGGACCAGCUAUCUCCUUUCUCUUCUUGCGUGCUUCCUCGUUUCCGUUUUCUACCAGUACAUGGAGGAUCGCCGCCUCCGCUUCAAGCUUCUUUCCGCGAAAACCCAAAAAUCGCCCAGUGGGUCGGCUGAUCUCAACAGCCCUUUACUCUUCUCUAAGUUCACCAGCAGAGGUGGCAAAUGGGCAUCAAGAUUUGCCGGAGCGAUUUUAUUUGGAGUUGACUCUGCGAUAGGGUACCUUCUGAUGCUGGCGAUCAUGUCUUUUAAUGCCGGAGUGUUUAUAGCUGUGGUGGUGGGGCUUGCAAUUGGGUACUUGGUUUUCAGGUGCGGCGAUGAAGAUGUGGUGGUGGUGGUAGACAAUUCGUGUGCUUGUUCUUGA